UUUCAUUUGACGACGAUCGCUUCUCUUCUCCGAUCAAUCACCGUCCAAACUCCGACGAAGAAAAACCCACAAACACAAUGUCAAUAAUUUCAAAACCCACUUCUAAAGUCUCCACCUUUACCUUCAUUCUGCUCUUACUCAGUUUCGGAAUCAUCGUCGCUUACUCAUCAUCCGAAGCAAACGAACCCGGAUCCGACUCCGAUCUAGAACAGCUUCUAGCAGUAGACGAACAGUUACAAGAAGAUCGACCUGAGCAACAAUCAGAAGCCGAAACAGUAAGCAAAGCUCAGAGAAUCGUACUAGAGCUCAACGGUGAUAACACGAAGCGAGUGAUCGAUGGGAACGAGUUCGUGAUGGUUCUAGGUUACGCACCUUGGUGCGCGAGAAGCGCUGAUCUUAUGCCGAGAUUUGCGGAGGCUGCGACGUCUUUGAAGGAGAUUGGGAGUUCGAUUUUGAUGGCUAAGAUUGACGGUGAUAGGUAUUCGAAGAUCGCAUCGGAGCUUGAGAUUAAGGGCUUCCCUACGCUUGUUCUCUUUGUUAAUGGCACUUCUCAGACUUACAAUGGUGGAUCUUCUGCAGAGGAUAUAGUCAUUUGGGUGCAAAAGAAGACUGGUGCACCAAUCAUUACACUUAAUACAGUUGAUGAAGCUCAGAGAUUUCUGAACAAGUAUCAUACUUUUGUUCUUGGUCUGUUUGAGAAGUUUGAGGGUUCUGAACAUAACGAAUUCCUUAAAGCUGCAAAAUCAGAUGACGAAAUCCAGUUUGUAGAAACAAGUGAUAGUGAUGUUGCGAAACUUCUUUUUCCUGACCUUAAAACCAGUAAUGUGUUUAUUGGGAUGGUUAAAACUGAGGCUGAAAGGUACACUGUAUAUGAUGGAUCUUACAAAAUGGAGAAGAUAUUGGAGUUUCUAGGCAGCAACAAGUUUCCGUUGAUUACAAAAUUGACUGAAACCAAUACUGUUUGGGUUUACUCUAGUCCUGUUAAGCUUCAGGUUAUGCUCUUCUCCAAGGCUGAUGACUUUCAGAAACUUUCUCAGCCUCUUGAAGAUAUUGCAAGAAAAUUUAAAUCGAAGCUUAUGUUUAUAUAUGUCGAUAUAACAAAUGAGAACCUUGCAAUGCCAUUCUUGACCUUAUUCGGAAUAGAAGCUGGGAAUAAAACUGUUAUUGCUGCUUUUGAUAACAACCUGAACUCCAAGUAUUUGCUCGAAUCAGUUCCAUCACCAAACAAUAUAGAAGAGUUUUGUUCAGGACUUGCUCAUGGAACUGUUUCACGUUACUAUAAGUCAGAGCCAGUUCCAGAUAAUGAAAACGCAAGCAUAGUGACUGUGGUAGGAAAGACUUUUGAUGAGUUGGUACUAAACAGCCGCGAGAAUGUUAUUCUUGAGGUACAUACACCGUGGUGCGUGAACUGCGAGGCACUGAGCAAACAAGUCGAGAAAUUGGCUAAGCAUUUCAAAGGCUUUGAGAAUCUUGUUUUUGCAAGAAUCGAUGCAUCUGCAAAUGAGCAUACUAAACUUCAGGCUGAUGAUGAAUAUCCAAUGAUCUUGCUCUACAAAUCUGGUGAAAAGGAGAAACCGUUAAAGCUAUCAACGAAAUUGAGCGCAAAGGACAUGGCUGUUUUUAUCAACGAAGAGUUGAAACCAAAGGAUGGAUCUGCUAAAGAUGAAUUGUAGUCAUACGUUUGAGGAAAUGUA